GGCUAACGGAUGCAGACCCCUGUGUGUGUGGGGAAGCAUGAAGACGGCCUUCACAGGCUGGAGUUAGGAACUGGGGGAACUGAUUGGCUACAACUUUGAUAGCUGACCAGCUUUGCCAGUGUAUGGAGAUCACCACCACUACAUCAUCAUCUGGUCAGGUAUGUCCGCACAGUUCAAGAACUUUUGCAUCAGAUCCAGAACCAGGUCUGUGAGCAAGCUCAUGAUCAAGUGCUGAACCUGCCUUUCCACAACUGCUGCUUAGAGGAGCUUAGUGGUAUUCUCUUCAGUUUACUGGUGUUCUACACCUUUGAAUCGGACAGUCAUGUUUCCCUCCGUCCACCGCCGUCCAAUUUGCAACAUUGGAGUCUAUGCCGUCCGCCUGCAGUGCUCCAAUGCUUCCAGACAGGCCCACAGUGCUGGACACGGCCCCUCCGGCCCGGUGGAGUGGCUGGGUGGCCGAGUGGGCCUGCUGCUGACCUGGAUCCAGAAAGCAGGAGAAGGUGCCAGUGUUGUUGGGAAGAAGAAGAAGGAAGGCCUGCUGUCCAUCCUGGCCAACCACUGCAGCUUUGUGACCGGUCAGAGACUCAGAAGAGCUUUCCAGAUCGCAGAGCUGUACUCCAACCUCUACUCCGAGAGGACCAGGUGGACCCUGGUGGGCAGCAUAUGGCGCCGGCUGCAGGGAAAGCGCUCCCCUGCUGGAAAGCUUGUGGCCGCCCUGGCUGGAGUCUUCAUGUGGGAAGAUGAGAAGAUACGAGACGAUGAAAUGAAAAGGUGUGCAUGGGAGCUGCAGGCACUGGAUGCAGUGAAGAAGCAGACGGCAGUAGCAGGCCGGGUGAGCUCAGUGCAGACGGAGACGGGAUGGGAAGUCGUCAUCGACAAAAAAGGCUUUCGAGUUUGGAGGAGACCUAUUGAAGGAAGCCACCUGUUUGAGUAUAGAGUAUUUGGUUCAUACACUGAUAUUACCCCCAGACAGUUCUUCAAUGUGCAGUUGGACACUGAGUACAGAAAGAAGUGGGACGCGCUGGUCAUUAAACUGGACGUAGUGGACAGGGACAUGAACACCGGUUCAGAGGUCGUCCACUGGGCCACACACUUCCCGUAUCCCAUGUACUCCAGAGAUUACGUCUACGUGCGCCGCUAUGACGUGGACGUGCAGAACAACCUGAUGGUCCUGGUGUCCCGAGCUGUGGAACACCCUGGAGUUCCUGAGACGCAGGACUAUGUGCGAGUUCACUCGUAUCGCUCCAGGAUGGUCAUCCGUCCCCACAAGUCCUUUGAUGAGAAUGGAUUUGAUUACCUGCUGACCUACAGCGACGACCCGCAGACGGUCUUCCCUCGCUACUGUCUGAGCUGGAUGGUGUCCAGUGGAAUGCCUGAUUUUCUGGAGAAACUGCACACGGCGGCUCUGAGAGCGAAGAACCUGGAGGUGGACAUCCACGACUACGUGGGCGUGGUGAAGCCGCAGCAGCAGCCGUCAUCUACCGAGCGUCUGGAGGACGGCGUUCACUCCGGCUCCACCCCAAUUUACGCCUGAGCACCGACGCACACCUGGCCUCACGUGAUCACGGCGGGGCGGGCUCACGCUUACGGGUAACGUGACCUGAGAGGACGCGAGGAUGCUCAGUCUCACGCUGACCCAGACUGGCCAAUCAGAGACCACAUCAGCCUCUGCCGAUUAACACACAGACUGCAGACGGAGAACAGCUGCUUAGAGGAGCUGCUGCAACCGAACCGGGGGGGCAGGGCUUCUGGCCGUGAGCUGUGGAACCGGCUGGAACGCGAACUUUAGAGUCACAGUCGGGCUCGUUUAGAGAAGCCUCUCCUGUUUAGACCUGGAGUUCUGAACUGCUCAAACACCUGAACCUGCACUCUUACAAAUAAAGAUCUCACGGGUUCUCAGCUUGUUCUAGUAACCCUUUAUAAUAGUACAGAACAUUUACAUAAUUUUGUGGAGGGUCCUAAUGCUUCAAAAGCUUUGUCACACUCGAAAAUCUCAUACAACAAUGGUUGCAUGCAUAUAAAGGGUGUGUUGGAUUUUUCUUUUCUUCUUUUUUUUUUUUUUUGUUUAGAGAACCAAAGCCAGGUUCUCUGUGACAGGAAACUCUUAGGCUGUGUUCAGACUGACAGCCCAAAUCAGAUUUUUUGCCAUAUAUAGAUGGUAUCCAGGUUUGUUUUUGAUAGUCUGGACAAAAAAAAAACAAUCAAAUCCAAUUCUAGCAAAUCUGAUCCAAAACACAUUUAAAUGUGGUUUGAAAUGCAAUUAUCAUUGGUCACAGAAUAGUGCAGACACUGCUGCAACCCCACACAGAAUACUACAGCUACCAUAUGGCAGAUACCACAGCAACCCCAUCCCUGCGCAAAAUACCACAGCAUCCCCAUGGCUGAAGCCACAGCAACCCCAACCCUAUGCAGUAUAGCACAGCAACCACAUCCCCAUGCAAAAUACCGCAGCAACCCCACAGCAGACACCCCAUAACAGUUACCACAGCAAUCCCAUGGUAGAUGCCAAAGCAACCCCAUACCCACACAGAAUACCACAGCAACCUCAACCCCACACAGAAUACCACAGCAACCCCAACCCCACACAGAAUACCACAGCAACCCCAACCCCACACAGAAUACCACAGCAACCCCAACCCCACACAGAAUACCACAGCAACCCCAACCCCACACAGAAUACCACAGCAACCCCAACCCCACACAGAAUACCACAGCAACCCCAACCCCACAAAGAAUACCACAGCAACUCCAUGGCAGAUGCCACAGCAACCCCACCCCCAUGCAGAAUACCACAACAACCCUACACAAAUAUGCUUUUAGUGUCCAGACAGGCAAAUCCAAUCUGGCCACAGUCUUCUCAACAAAUCUGACUUCUCUGAGAAACAAAUCAGAUUUUUCUGCAGUCUGAACGCAGCCAGUUCAUCACCUUUAUUUGUAAGAGUAAACACAGAUCAGGUGUGUGUAAGGGCUCAUGUGAUCAUCUCCUCCUCUCAGCUUCUGUUAGAACUGGGUGGCUCUGCCUUCAGCCAAGCAAAACUCAACACACUGGUCCUCACGUUUCUGUGUGUGAAUGUGUGACUGUGUUUGAAGCUGUUUUUACACUGAAUGCGGAGUGCGGUACACUUUUAGCACCGCUUAUGCUAACUACUAGUAUGCGUGUUGCUUGCUGGUUGUGCAAUUGACAGCAGUUGUAUUUCUGAGUUGGGACAAAAUAAUGUAGUUACAGGGAUCAGUUUCCUGGUCUGGUAGGUUUGUUAAGUGUAAUUGCUCUCUGCUUUUUUUGACAGUCUUUCAGAAAUUAACAAAAUCUUUCAGCAGUUUAUUUACAAAAACCUGCAUUAAAAGUACUCUUCCACAUGCUCUGUGCAAUUACACAUUCUCACCAGAGAGGUCUCCAAAUCCCCAAACCCACAAACCAUCAAAACUUAGACUGAUGCUUUAAAAUGCAGGUAUCUUCAAACCUGGAAGACCAAUUAUUUAAUUGGUCACAGCAGAUUUCUUCAGACUGGUUUUGUACAGCUUGUGUUCAGAAACAGAUAAAUCUAUAUAAAAUGUGUUUUAUAUUGGAACUUCAUUAUAAGAAACAGCAAGACACACCCACUGCUCUCUGAUUGGCUGUGUGUGGUAUGCAGAGGUUGAAAACCUUUGAACUUUAUACUGUAUUGGAAAUUAUGCAUUUGAAAGCAUAGUGGUGAGUUUUCUGCAUUCAGUGUAAAAAUAGCGUGUUUGAGUGUGAGCGUGUGUUUUUCAUGUGUCAUUCAGUCUGACUGCUGUUUUUCCAGACGUGGCCUAAAGCUUCAUACAAAUGCAAAACAACUUCACAUCCUCAUAUAUUUAUAAUAUUAUAAGCCUGAUAUGACUGAAAUGCUUUGUUGUUGUAAAACAUAACCAGUACCAGUCAAAAGUUUGGAAGCACCUCUUCUCAUUCAGUGUUUUUCUUUUUCUUUUCUUUUUUCCAUAGUAAAUCUUAUAUCAAAGACUAUAUUAAAGCUGUACAGGAAUACAUGCAGAAUUAUCCUGUAAACAAAAAGUGUAAAACAAACCAGAAUAUGUUUUAUUCUGUUUUUUAUAUGCUUUUCUCUGCGUCUUGAAGGAAGGAGUUCCUGGAGGUGCUGAACAAUAGCUGCUGCUUUUCCUUCACGCUGUGAAGCUCCAGCUCAUCCCAAUUAAAUCACCUCAAAUCACCAUCUCAGUUCAUCAGGUUUAGAUCAGGGGAUUAAUGUGGAGCACAAACACUUUUAUUACUGUUUACUGCAUAAUUCUAUAUGUGUCCCUGUACUGUUUUCAUGUCUUUAAUAUUAAUCUACAAUGUAGAAAAUUAAUUAAAUAAAUACAAAAAAAAAAACGUUGACUGAGGAAGGUGUCCAAACUUUUGACUGGUGCUGUAAUUUUGAUUGACAGUGAUGUUAACAAUGUAUUUGCAUCUUCAUGCUUAGUGAGGUCAGAAACAUUCUCUGUGCUCCGAGUUUCCUGUUUUGGACUCACUCUGGAGUGCCCUCUGGUGGUAUCUCUCUGGAGAUUGUCUGUCUGUGGUUUGGCUGGCCUGUAGCGCCCUCUUGUGGCAGUGCUCAGAAUGCAGAUUCCUUUGUGUUAUGAAAUGCAUUGUAACACAAAGUGGUUCUUGUGCAUCUUGUAUGUUUUGGCUUUAUUGGCUUUUUUGGCAGUUGGAGAUUGUGAAACUUUCAGAAACAGUUAUCUGCAGUAUUUCCAUUGUUUCCCGAUUUAUAUAUGUUUUUUUGCUAAAGCACAGACUUACAGUGCUGUCUAAAGCCCUAUCUGGCCAGAAUUAGUUUCUCAGUGGGUUCUGGUUCCUCUGUGAUUUUAUUCCCGUCCGGAACGACCAUGUACUUGUUUUUCUCAGAAGUCCACUGAGAAAAUUACAGGCUGAAUUAUCUACUGUUUUUUUCUGAACUCUAUGGUCCUUCGGUAAUUUUAGUCUCGUCCGGAUCCACAACAAGUUAAAAAAUAAAUAAAUAAAUAGCGUUUUUUUUUCACUGACGUGCACCGUAAUUACACUUUGGGUGAUCUCCAUGGAGAUCCACGUAAAAAACACAACAGCGAGUGGAACUGGAGGAGCUACUGAACGCCAUGUCGUGACCGAGAAAGCCUAAAAACUCACUGGUCCUCCUGUUUUUUCAAUUGCAGUCCGGAUGCAAGAGUUUAAUCACUGAGUAGAAGUGUAAAAUAUUUUUCACAGACAUCCCCCUGAUAAAUAAAUCCCGUCCGGAUAAGACUUAAGACUCAAAAAUAUCCAGUCAGAAAAGCCAUUAAGUACUCGGUGAUUCUUAAAUGAAGAAUUAACCAAGCGCCUCAACAGCGUAACAGUGUAAUAUCAGGUAUUUGAGUGUUUUAAGGUCUUCCUUAAGCUGUAAUACAGCUUCUGUUCUACUCAAAAUGUUAAAUGUCAGUGUUUUUCCAUAAAUCUGCUAAUUGAGAUCUUUUAAAUACUUCCAAACGUCAGUUUUAAAAACACUUAAAAACACAUUUUAAUGAUGUUGAGGUCUGGACACUGGGGGUAGUUCAUUUGAGAGCAGCUUCUUGGUUUAAUUUAAGGUUUUGAAGAGGUCCACAGCAUUGAGUCAUCUCACAGUAGAAGGAUUGAACAUUUCAAACAGACAAAGUGCGAGUGGGUUUAUGGAUAGGUCCAUAAUUGGACCUAUCUUGUUGUCUAGAUUUGGUGGUCUACCAGGUACCAGGUUUUUCUUUAUCAUACUCUGUUUUUUUGUCAUCGUUUUUGUUUCUUUUCUAAUUUUAUGAUAUUUUUACCCCAAUUCGUAAGGCCAAUAACCACACUCACUCCUUAAGUAUCUGCCUCUUGUACAGAUGCCACUGAUGCAGCAUCACUAGGCAUCACAACAGUGCGCUCGGAGGAAAGCGCCGGAUCCCCGGCUCUGAUAAAUCACCUAACAGAAGCCUGUACCGACCAGCAUCACAAUGCGAUUGAGUGGUGAGGCAAGAGAGCGCCCCCUACUGUAGUCACCUAGAGAGAACAGCAUGACCAGUCAUCCUCUCUCAGACUCCGGCUGCUGAUGGAGAAACUGCAUUUGAUUUGAACCGAGAACUGUUUAUUUGAUUUUUGUCCAUAUUUUUUUUACCUCUUAAAAUUUCUUAAAACUUAGACGUUCACGCUGACUGGAAAUGAAAGACUUUCAUCAUCAAAAUAUGGAUCUAAUUAGGGUAUUUUAUUUUUUUUGUAUAAUCAAAGUACCAUUCCAGCAGCACUAUCCUGAGAGAGAGGACUACCCUGUCCAAAAGUUUGUGGACGCUCUUAUAGAUGCUCUUCUGUGCUGUCUUGUCCGGGGUUGUCCACAGUUGCCUUUUUGAUUGGAAAAUCAAAAGAACUUGGCCAGUCUGUUUUGUUUUGUUGAACUUAUUUUCAUUUCCUUUUCCAUUAGAACAGCUGAGGUGUGGUUUGUUUCAAAGUAAGAGUAUGACGGUUUUUGCACUUAUUGAGUUGUUGAGUUAUUGAGAAACCAGGUUUGUGCUUUUUGUGUAUAUUUUGUUACGAGUGUGUGAUUUAACAUUUUAACGUCAAAAAGCCAUUGGUUAAAAGCACUUGCUUAUCAUUUGCUUGUAGGGACAGUAUGAUCUCUGUGAACUCUGUAUUGUGUAAUCUACGUGUUGAGGAAUGUUUGGGUAGCGACCAGAGAGACAGGCAUAAAAAUUAUUUGAUUUUUUUUUUUCUCUAAAGAGAUUCGUGAUUAAAGUAGGAUUUUUACAUCAUUUUUGAGAGUAAUAAAGGACAUGUGACCGCUCACUGUUCUUUAAACAAGAGUUUAUUCAGUGUGUUUUUUGUACAUCAGUGUGAAUUAAAAAUAAGGAACUAUACAGCAUAAACAGCAGAAACUCAUAUUUGUGUUAAUGUUUUUGGUCUUUUUUCAUUUCUUAUUAUUUUUCUUCUUAUUUUCUUCAGUUCUCCACUAUAAAGAAAUGAUUGUUUCUACAUGGUUCUCGUCUGGGACUUAGAGACCCUGUUUUUAAACCCGCUCACUCCAUGAGUCUUGAGUAUCAGGACUAUAUCUGGAAUAAAAUCCAUUUUAUGGAGUAGUUAAAAAAAAAAAAAAAAAAAAAAAAAGGUUCUGUACCCAAAAGGACUCUUGAGGUGAUGUGUCGUGUAGCAUCUGUAUUUCCAUCCAUAUUUAGAACUAUUGUCUUUUUUACAACAGAGACCUUGAAAAAGUCCUUUUUAAAGAGUGUACUUAUUAUUAGAAAUUGUACACACGUGUUUUCUUAAUCAGAGAAUUAAAUCAAUUUUUGAUUUUUUGGAUUAUGUUUUGCUUUGUCUUGGAUUUAUUAUUGUCUGUUUUUUUUCUGUUUUAAAUACACAUGCCUCACUUUGUCUUUAGAGUACAGGGGCAGUAAAAAAUAGCCAAAAUCUGUGACUGCGCUUUAGGGUCACUGUUUAUGGGACUUUUUUUCUCUUUAUUUUUAUUCUGUUGUGACUUUAUUUCUUCAAAUCUGUACUGUAUGACUCUUUUCUCAAAAUAUUACGACUAUCCUCAAAAUUGUACUACUUUAUUCUCAAAGGCAGGUAAAAGUUGCCCAAACACCCUGAAAUAUAUAUAGUUCAGCAUGUUCACACAAUCUUUUCAAUGCGGUUCACGCUUAGUAAGUGGUAAGCAUGCUCUGCAACAUAGCAGUGCUUCACGUUAAGUUUCUCUUUAAUCUUUCUCGAGAGCAUGAAUCGUGAUCUGGCCGUUCAGACAGAGUUGUAUUGCAGUGAAUUGUAUAUGUAUCGGCUUUCAAUACCGCAUAUUGAAGAGGCACAAUUGGAAUUGUUGGAAUAUGCUCUUUACACAACCUCACAAAUGACACACUUUUGUUACAUAUGACUUAAAAGAUUUAAUUUAGGCCAAAUUUACCUGCUGUUUAAACGCAUAUUAAGUCUACAAUUAUUAUUAUUUUUUUAUCAGUGGCCCUAAAACAUCGUCAAAACCCCCCUUUUGUAUGUGUUUUAUAAGUGAGUGUGUUUGUGUUUAUAGUUUUGUUUUGUUACUGAAUCUCCUGAUUUUGUUUUUUUUGUCAUGUUUUGUAGAUUUGUAAAAGUUACAGAGCAGUGAGCGUGUGAGCUGUGAUAAGCUGUGGUUUGUAGCAUGGUGUAAAUGUGUCCUCUUUAAGAGAGUUUUGCUCGUUUCUGCAGUUUCAACUAAUAGCCUGAAAGUUUUCUUAGCAAGAAAUUCACGCGUGUGCUUCUUUACCACCCUGUUACUCUCAGCGUAGUGUGUCUGAACAGAAGCAGGGCUGAGCUAACGUUAGCUUAGCGCUCUGUACUGAACACUCACACCGUCUAUAACAGCAGCAGUGUGGAGAAAACACACACUGAUCAGACUAUGAAUGUAACACUUCCUGCUGUUUAAUGUGAAAAACGAUGUGGGGGAAAAAAAAAAAAAAAAAAAAAGUGAAAGCAUUGCCUGAUGUUUUUUUUUCUCUCAAGUGACAUAUAUAAUAAAUUCAAUCCAAUUAAUGUCAAUAAAGUAAUUAAAGUUCUUA